CCGCCCGGCCGCACAUGUGUUUCUGUUUUGUGUUGUAGCAUUUGUUCUGGAAGCUCGUAUUUACAUUUUAAGUGUAUCUGGUGAGUGGGCUGGAGCCCUCGUCCGGGCCGGGGAGAGAAGAAGCCUUCGACCCCGUCUUUCAGUCGCUUCCCUCCUCGUUUCUCAUCACUCCAACCAGCCCGGCGACCAUGCCCAGGAAGAAGGGGGCGGCCUGGGAGGAGCCGAGUUCGGGCAACGGCACGGCGCGCGCGGGGCCCCGGCGGCGCGGCGGCCCCGCGGGCAGGAAGCGCGAGCGGCCCGAGCGCUGCAGCAGCAGCAGCGGCGGCGGCAGCAGCGGCGACGAGGACGGCCCGGAGCUGGACGGGGCCCCCGGCGGCGGCAAGCGCACGGCCAGGCCGGCGGCGGCGGGCAAGGCGGCCGGCGCGGCCGCGAUCAUCACGGAGCCCGAGCACACGAAGGAGCGCGUCAAACUUGAGGGGUCUAAGUGCAAAGGGCAACUUUUGAUUUUUGGGGCAACCAACUGGGACUUGAUUGGACGGAAGGAAGUGCCUAAACAGCAAGCUGCGUACCGCAACCUUGGUCAGAAUUUGUGGGGACCCCAUAGGUAUGGGUGCCUGUCAGGAGUCCGGGUGCGAACCGUGGUUUCGGGCUCAUGUGCUGCCCACAGCCUCCUCAUCACCACAGAAGGGAAGUUGUGGAGCUGGGGUCGGAAUGAGAAGGGGCAGCUGGGCCAUGGUGAUACCAAGAGGGUGGAAGCCCCCAGACUCAUCGAGGCUCUCAGCCAGGAGACAAUCGUGCUGGCAGCCUGUGGGCGCAACCACACUCUGGCCUUGACAGAUACUGGAUCUGUGUUUGCCUUCGGAGAGAAUAAGAUGGGGCAGCUGGGCCUCGGGAACCAGACCGAUGCCGUCCCAAGUCCUGCUCAGAUAAUGUACAACGGGCAGCCAAUCACCAAGAUGGCCUGCGGGGCCGAGUUCAGCAUGCUGAUGGACUGUAAAGGGAACCUCUACUCCUUUGGGUGCCCUGAGUAUGGCCAGCUGGGGCACAACUCAGAUGGGAAGUUCAUCGCCCGGGCGCAGAGGAUAGAAUAUGAUUGUGAGCUGGUGCCCCGCAGAGUGGCCAUCUUCAUCGAGAAGACCAAGGACGGGCAGAUCUUACCUGUCCCGAAUGUGGUGGUUCGAGAUGUAGCCUGUGGCGCUAACCACACACUGGUCCUGGACUCUCAGAAGCGAGUGUUCUCCUGGGGCUUUGGUGGCUAUGGCCGGCUGGGCCAUGCUGAACAGAAGGAUGAGAUGGUCCCUCGCCUGGUGAAGCUGUUCGACUUCCCGGGGCGUGGUGCAACCCAGAUCUAUGCUGGCUAUACCUGCUCCUUCGCUGUCAGUGAAGUGGGUGGCCUGUUUUUCUGGGGGGCCACCAAUACCUCCCGGGAGUCUACCAUGUACCCGAAAGCCGUUCAGGACCUCUGCGGCUGGCGGAUCCGGAGCCUUGCCUGCGGGAAGAGCAGCAUCAUCGUAGCGGCCGACGAGAGUACUAUCAGCUGGGGUCCGUCGCCAACCUUCGGGGAAUUGGGGUACGGGGACCACAAGCCCAAGUCGUCUACUGCGGCCCAGGAGGUGAAGACUCUGGACGGCAUCUUCUCCGAACAGGUGGCCAUGGGCUAUUCACACUCCUUGGUGAUCGCGCGAGAUGAGAGCGAGGCUGAGAAGGAGAAGCUGCAGAGGCUGCCCGAGUACACCCCGCGCACCCUCUGAGCAGGCCGGCCCCCCCGCGUGGCAGCUGUCCUUUCCACGUGCACUGGGACCAGAAGUCAGACAAGGCAUUUAGGAAGCAAACGAUGACCAAGGGUGCAUUGGGUUAGCCUCCCUGAGGCUCCGUUUCCGAGCGAUUCAACGUUAACUACCUUUUUCUGUAUGCUUUCCAAAGUGUUUUUCCCUCAGUGUUUGAUUAAAACAUUUGCUCAUAGCCAGCUUGCCUUUCUACGAGAUAGGCAGGCCCUCUGAGCGAUGUAGGUUUUUUUAUUUUUAAGUUGUAUUUCUUUUCUCCCUGCCCUGAGUGUCCUUGUCCUGCCCUCCUAUUCCAGCCGUGAUGAGCAUUGUGAUCCGAGUGGGUGCCACGUGGGAGAGGGACUGCCACUUUCCCAGACAGAAACGGCUCUUCUAGGAACCAGCAGCCGCUAGGCCAAUCCCUGGUGGUCGGUCUCCAUCCCGAUUCCUGCCUGCCCGCUUUGAGAGACCCGGUCACUUGCUUGUGGGCCCUCCCACUUGCCUCUGCCACCUCCCCUCCUAGUUAUUCCUGGCUUGCUGUCUGCAAGGCCCAUGUGGGCCUUUUGGCCGAAGCAUUUGUAGAAGCAGCCAUCUUCCCCCUGGUGGGGCAUUGGGGUCUGUGUUAGCCAUUUGUAUCUACUUUAGCUCUCAAGUCCAGAUGAGAAUAGAGACUGUGGGGUACGGGGUGGGCAGUUAGAGGUUGGUCAGCCAGCAGUCAGAUGUGUCCUCGGUCCUCUGUGGCCCUCUGUUGCCGCCUGUGUGCUUUGCCUGUGUGCUCCUGCUGUCCCUCUGCCUGGGAUGGCUGUCCUGCUCUGAGGCUUGGCCACUCUCGUCCUGGCCUCGAUGUUCUCUGGCCACUUGCGUUUGCUUGGCUCUAGUACCAAAUAGUUGGGAUUCUCGGUGAAAUCCCCUGCCCCACGUGUGUGUCAGUGCAGAUGCUGCGACUGUCACCACGCCCCCCCCAAGUGCCCUCUGCCGAGCCCGUCCUGGUAUUGACUUUGUGGCUGAGUUCCGAGGUGCCUUUCCCCGAUCCUCCUCGCCAGGCCCGAGUAUGGUGGCAGCUCUGGCUGGGGCCUUGGUUUCCAGAGGGUCUGGGCUGGUGUGACUGCUUUAACUAGGUUUAGUUCAUGGUGCUUGGGAGAAGGGGGCUAAGGAUGGAAGUGGGGUGGGGGGGUGGGAAAGUCAGUUCUGGUCUUGAGGUUUAUGGGUUUGCUUUUGCUGUUGUGCCGCUUGUCCCCAUCUCUGUGUUAAAAUGCCAAAAAUGACCCAGUCUGUUGCUUUCCUCUGCCCCAGCGCUUCACAGCCGCUCUGGCUUUGCAAGGUGUCUGUCUCGGCCAGUGCUGCGGCCUGCCGGGAAGAGUCCCGAGUUCUCACUGUCCCCGAUCUGUCCAGCAAUAGUCAGCCCAGAGGCAAGCUCCUGUAGCGGCAGGGCUUCUGCAAAACUAACCUGCUUUGUCCAGGUCACCCCAGACACCGCCCCUCACAUCAUGUGCCGGACGGGAGCCGCCCCUGCUGGUCUCUGUCCAGAGAGUGCAGUGGAGGGUCUGCUCCUGUCCUGGGAGGUCUCCUGCAGUUAGUUGUGUGGUCACUAGGAGGAUUGAGGACACAGUAGCCCUGAGCUGAGCUGAGCUGGGCUGGGCUGGGCUCAUCUUCCAGGGAGCCAACCUAAAGCCAGCAGUCAGCUGCCCUGACUAGAGGCCUACAGUGGGUGAGCAGAAAGUGUUGCUGAGUAGAGAGCCUUGUGCCCGGCCACAGCCCCCUCCCUAUAGGCUAAAAUUCUCACCGAGCUUUCCCAUGGGGAACUCUAGGACAGGAGGAAGGCGGGAAGCCCUGGGUAGGAACCACUCUGGCUGCCCAGGGGUUCUUGAAAUCUUCUGGUCAUCCACAAAGGGAGUUAACGAGGAUGGUGGGAUUCGGUUGAAGGUGCCUGGUUUAGUGCUGUUAAUUGUCUUAUUUUUUUUUUUAUAUCUAUAUUUCUGGGAGUAAACAUUUUAAAUAAACGGCGUCAUUGUUUACUCUG